AUGUCCUAUGAUAAAAUCCAAGUCACCUCAAUUGACCUACUGAACCAGGACAACCCAGUCACCCGUGACACCGUCAAACAGCUCUUCCUCGACUUCAUCCGCCACUUCCGCAACGAGUCGACCUGCUACUACGCCAACCUCUUCAAUGGCACCAGCCUGGUCGUGCGCCUGGAGCACAUCAACGCCUUCAGCCCCGUCCUCUACAACGAGCUGCAGAAGAAUCCACUUGAGACGGCCUCUGCCUUUGAGGAGGCAGCCUCUGCUGAAAAAGGUGGGCCAGCGGGAGUCGAACUCAUCUCGUCCCAGAAUGCGGUGGCAAUCCGUGACAUCAAGGGAGUCAGGGCGAAUAGAAUUGUGAGAAUGAGGGGAAUUGUUGUUUCGGCUGCCUCACCCGAGGUGCGCCCGACUGAGCUGCUGAUCGAGUGCCGCUCGUGCAGCGAGACGCAGCGCGUGACGGACUUCGUCCCUCGGCGCUGCUCGAACCGAAACGGGAAGGAGUGUCCGACUGAUCCAUUUCUGGUGGUGACUGAGAAGUCGAAGGGCGUUGACUCGCAGCUGAUCAAAGUGCAGGAGGAGUUUGAGGAGACACCUGCUGGUGAGACGCCUCGUCACCUUUCGGUGGUGAUGGAGGGCGUCCUGGUGAACAGGGCUCUUCCUGGCCGCCCACUUUCUGUGACUGGGGUGGUCUGCGUGAGAACGAGCAGAAGGAACGAGAGUUGGACGGUGCUGCACUGCCUGGGAAUCGAGGAGGAGUCGAGGACGAGGAGGGCGGCCUUCUCUGAGGAGGAGAGGGCGCACUUUCUGCGACUGAGCAAAUCGGGUGGAAUUGGCCAAAGGGUGGCCAACUCAGUUGCACCGGGAAUCUACGGAAUGGAGGACGUGAAGAAGGCGAUUGCGUGCCAGCUCUUUGGUGGAGUUGCAAAGAGGGGCGGAGACGGAAUACGCCUGCGAGGGGAGAUGAACGUGCUGCUUCUGGGCGACCCGGGGAUAGCGAAGAGCCAGCUGCUCAAGUUCGCAGAGGCGGCCUCGCCAAUUGGCGUCUACGCCAGCGGAAAGGGAAGCAGCGCGGCCGGGCUGACUGCCGCGGUGAUCCGCGACAGGGGAGGCGGCUUCCGACUCGAAGGAGGCGCCCUCGUUCUCGCUGACGGCGGCAUCUGCUGCAUCGACGAAUUCGACAAAAUGGGCGAGACCGAUCGAGUCGCAAUCCACGAGGCCAUGGAGCAGCAGACCGUCUCAAUCAGCAAGGCGGGGAUCACGACGGUGCUGAAGACGCGUUCGGCCGUUCUGGCGGCCGCAAACCCGGCUUUCGGCAGAUUCGACGACCACAGGAGCGUGGCCGAGAACGUCGACUUUGGAUCGACCAUUUUGAGCAGAUUCGACCUGAUUUUCAUUUUGAGGGACGAGCACAGCGAGGGAGACCGAAAGAGGGCGCAAUUCGUGUUGGAGCAGCACUGUCGCAGGCAGAAGAAGGUCGACGACUCGACAAUGACGGUGGCUGAGCUGAGAGACUACGUCUCAUUUUGUAGGGCAAAUUGUAGUCCAAUUCUGUCACAGGGGGCAUCGAGGAUGUUGGGCUCGUUCUACGUCGAAGCAAGGAGCAGUGUCGCAGCAGGGGGAUCGGUGGUGCCAAUCACAGUCAGGCAGCUCGAGGCGAUCAUCAGAGUGAGCGAGGCAUUGGCCAGGAUGGAGAUGGGAGCCCAGGUCAGCGUGGAGCACGUGGAGGAGGCAAUCAGGCUGUUUCAGGGCAGUACGAUGAAUGCAGUGAGUAGUGGCCACAGGGUGGAAGGAAUGGGAAGAAGGAGAGCAGGAGUGGGUGUGAUGAAGGCAGUGGAUCGGAUAAUUGCGAUGGUGCCAGUUGGAGGCAGCAGGAGGGUGAAAGAGGUGAUUGAUCAGAUUGACAUGGAUGAGGGGGUGGUGAAACAGGCAAUAGACUACCUGGUGAAGAAGAACAGGAUUAUUGAGAAGGAGCAUGGGAGAAUGAUAAUACGAGAGAGGUAUUAG